CCAAGUGUAACGAGACCCGGUCACACUACUCCCAAACUUGUGCAACAGAAAUAAAAUAAGUGAUUAUUUUAGUGUUUUUGUAUGAAUUAAGAAUUAAAAAGCAUAGCCAAGCGAAAUGCGGGUGACGGUAAUAAACUUCUUCAAGAAAACCGUGCCGGGCCACAUUUUUCGUGGCAAGCGGCGCUUGGUUAAGCCGGUUAGCCAGCGGGCCAUGGACACACUAACCCGCGAGUACGAGCGACAGGAGCAGGUGAUGCUGCUGCUCCGGCAUCCCUACCUGACACUGGAAGAAUCCUCGGGGCAUGCCAAGGAGCUGCAGAAGCGCGAAAAGCUGGUGGCCAAGUGGACGGACGAGCAGACGCUGCGCAAAAUGAAGCCGCACGUGACCAUUGAGGAGCGACUGAACCAGCUUAAGAUCAAGGAGGCCUGGGACUAGAUUUGGGUCCAUAAGAACUUUGUUAAAUCCCGCAUUAAGUGUUAAAUAAAUAUAAGUUUUUAAUGGA